AUGCCUGCAGAAACAGACUGGAACUCUGGCCUCUAUAGCUGCUUUGAUGAUAUGAAGUCUUGCUGCUAUGGUUUCUGGUGCUGCCCCUGUAUUGCCUGCUCCGUGUCUGCAGAGUUAGGACAGAAUCAGUGUCUUCCACUGUGUGACAUCUGCGGGCCUGCUGUCAUGUCUGCUUUUGGGAUACCUCUGUGCGUGCCCCCUGCGGGGCUGGCCCUCAGAGUCGGCAUACGGUACAAACAUAACAUUAAGGGUUCUCUCUUUAAGGAUAUUGCUACGUCCUGCGUCUGUGUGUGGUGCACCUGGUACCAAAUGCAUCAGGAGCUGAAGCAUCGCAAGAACACCCCUGCUGUUGUCAACAUACAGCCUGCAAGGCAAUAAAAAGCUACUGAUGUUACAUAGCUGCAACUCCAAGAUCUUUUAAAAUCAGACUGAUUUGGGUGAAAGGGAUCAUCUUUAGUAUAACCAUAUCUAAAUAUCCAUCUGAUCAGAAAUAGCUUUUUUCUUUAUUACAGCUAUAAAAUACAUGAUUUUAAUAAAACAAAUCCCAAACUUGGCCUUUAGACACCAGAAUUUGCUUGGCUCCUUUCUAUAAAACCC